CAACAAAAAAAGCGAGACUACAUUAUCAGAAGAUAUACCACAGAUGCCAGCUUUCGAACCAGACAGAAACAAUAUGUGUUCCGAAGAUACAACACGGAUGCUGACUUUCAAAGCAGACAGAAGCAAUAUCUGGUCCAAAGGUACAACACGGAUGCUGACUUUCAAAGCAGACAGAAGCAAUAUCUGGACCAAAGGUACAACACGGAUGCUGACUUUCAAAGCAGACAGAAGCAAUAUCUGGUCCAAUGGUACAACACGGAUGCUGACUUUCAAAGCAGACAGAAAAAAUACAUAAGAACAAAAUAUGCAUCGGAUCAAAAAUACAGGCACAAACAAAAAAAAAUCAAUUCAUGCCAGGUAUCAUAAUGACUCACAAUUCAGACUGCACCAUAUACAGCGCUGUGCAGAGUACCAGAGACACAAAAUGGCUACCACUGCAUCUUUCGCCAUUUAUAAAAAGUUGUGUGCGCAGAGAAUAAAGAAGAAAUACAGACGACUAGUAACACAAUUCCAGCAGGGUCCACAGUCUGAAGCACAGCCCCAGCUUGUAGUGAAUAGUGUGAUGCAAGCAGCCACAUUAGCUUUCCGUGAAACAAUUAAGUUAGGACCCACCCAUGUCUGUACAGUGUGCCACAGAACUCUGUUUCCUAAUCAAGUAAAACACUGCAAAAGAUCAAAGUAUGUUAAAAAUAGUCACAUUGUUGACACCUGCUUGACAGGAAAAUUUGUCCAUGUUUGUGAUAGUGAAUGUACAGCUAAUUGUACCUUUCCAAAACAAAGAAUGCAAGAGUGGAUUUGCUAUAACUGUCACAGCCACCUACAACGAGGAAAGAUCUCUUCCAUCACAGUGGCAAACAAUUUAGCACUAGCACCCAUCCCAGUUGAACUGAGUCAAUUAAAUGUACUAGAACGACAACUGAUUGCUAAAAUUCUCCCGUUUGCCAAAAUCAUUGCAUUACCAAAAGGACAGCAAAGAGCCGUACAUGGGGCUGUUGUUUGUGUACCGUCAGACGUGGAAACCACAGUAAACUGUCUUCCCAGACCUAGCAAUGAAGCCCAGCUCCUGCAAGUACAACUGAAAAGACACAUCAGAUUCAAAGGAUACCAACACUUCUACACUGUGAACAUGAAGAAUGUGUUAGCAGGCUUAUCAAAGCUAAAAGAGAUGCAUUCAGAAUACAAAGAUGUAUCUAUUGAUGAUGACGCAACUUUUGCUGAUCCCACAAAUAAUCAGAUAAUCGAGACGGAACAUGACACUGCUGAUACAGAUAUUCAAGAUGCACUGCCCAGAAACUUCGACAACCAAAUUGUACCAGAAAGAAGAACCACUGAGGAUACAACAGCUGAAAUACUUGAGCCAUGUCAUGAUGUAAACGAACUAUUGGAGCCUGAACAGUCAAAUGGAGAGCCCUUACAAGAUACGGAGAAAGAAAAGGAAGAACUUCGCCCUGGUCUUGUUCUAGACACCUGUAUGCAACCACCAGAUAUAGCACAGGACAUUUUAUCAUAUGGUGAAGGAAUAUUUAGCAUUGCACCCGCCCAAGGAAAUAGACCUGUUGGCUUCUUCUCUAUUCCUAAACUUGAAGCCAUGGCCUUUCCUGUGCAGUUCCCAACUGGACAGAACACAUUAGAUGAAGCCAGACAAGUCAAACUGUCCCCAAGCAUGUAUUUUAAUACACGGCUGUUCUCUGCAGAUACACGGUUUGCAACUGACCAAAGCUACCUAUUCUUUGCACAGUUUGUAACAGAAACACACAUGGCUACAAACAGCAUGUCCAUCCAAUUGCGCAAAGGUAAGGCAAUCACCAAGGAUGGAUGUAGAAUUUGUAACAGAAUGCUUCAAAAUAAAGACGAAGUGGAGAGACUGAUAAAUAACAAAGAUGCAACAUGCUUCAUGAAACCUCUGAGAGGUACUCCAGCCUAUUGGGAAAAGGCACUGAAAGAUCUCCAUGCUAUGGUCAGACAGUUAGGAAAGCCAACUUUUUCCUGA